AAGUGGAAACGGUCUAUAUCUUAAAAAUGUAUGAAACAAAAAUGAGCUUUUUGGUCUUAAUUUAGAAUGAAACAUAAGGUUAGCGGUGGUUAAGGUUAGGUUUUAAAUCUAUAAAUCUAUAAAUUGUAGUAAUAGGCGGGUUUUAGCCAUGAUUAUGACUUUGUGGCUGUGGUAACUAGGGACAAAUAUCAUGUCGACUGACUUCCAUGUGUAAGAAAAACGUGAUGCUGGUUAUUGCACGGAGUUAAAAGUACGAUUAAAUUGGUGAGCUAGCUAAUAAUUGAACCGAAUGGACGACUAUUAAAAACAAUAGUGUCACUCAAAUACCAUCGGUUCAAUGGUGGUACGUUAGUUGGUGCUUGUCUCGUGCUCUUGAAUUCCGUAGCUUAGCUAACAAGCUAAUGUCAAAUACAGUUUGAGACCUGGUUUGAUACUUUGUCAUCUCUUAGGCCUUUAAGUUAACAAUAUAACCACCUAACGUUAGAGUAAUCUGCAUCUUUGGCAGUGUUUGCUUCCUAUGUUAUAUAAAUGAUUCGUAGUGAAUUUCCCAUCAAUACUGACAGCGUUACAUUUGACAUUGUUGGUAACAAAUACACCACAGAUAUCGCGCGUGAUAGGAAAGUUAACUAAUAAGCGUGCACUUGCUUUAAAUAGCUGUCACUUCUAGUGGUCGAACUUACUCUUGCACAAUCAGCAGAAUGUUUCAGUCUACACCACGGCAGUUUAAACAUUUAUGUGAAAUCGGUGUAUGUGCUGUUAGGGUUCAAAGCAGUAAUACAGUGAGACAGUGGAUUGGCAAGAGCAAUGGCAAAUCCGAAACCACGACAUGGAUUAGAAGACGCAUGGGCCUGUUGUUAUCAUGGCUCCAGAGAUCGGGGGUGGGCACCAGUAAAACAGUGGCGUCUGACAAUAAGAAGCAAGACUUGCUAUCAAUUUUUGCCAACCAUUGUAGCUUUGUGACAGGCCAGAGGCUUCGACGCGCCCAUCAGAUUGGAGAGCUUUACGCAAACCUGUACUCAGAGCGAACUAGGUGGACCCUGGUAGGAAGCAUAUGGCGUCGACUCCAGAGCAAGCACGCUUCCACGGGGAAGCUUGUGGCUGCACUGGCGGGUGUCUUCCUGUGGGAGGACGAGAAGGUCCGAGAUGAAGAACUACACAGGUGUGGACUAGAGCUCCAAGCUUUGGAGUCAGUGAAGAAUCUGAGUGCAUCCUCAGAGAAGGAUGAAGGGCAGGUGGAGACAGGCUGGGAACUUGUCAUGGAGAAGAAUAAUUUCAAAGUGUGGAGGCGGCCAAUUGAGGGAAGCCACUUAUGUGAAUACAGAGUUUGGGGUUCUUAUAACGACGUCACCCCCCGACAGUUCUUCAAUGUCCAGUUGGACAUGGAGUACAGGAAGACGUGGGAUGCUCUGGUUCUCAAGCUGGAGGUGGUGGACCGGGACAUCAAUACAGGCUCAGAGGUUGUGCACUGGGCCACACGUUUCCCUUAUCCCAUGUACUCAAGGGACUAUGUUUAUGUGCGUCGCUACAAUGUUGAUGUGGAGAAUAAUCUGAUGGUCCUGAUCUCCAGAGCAGUUCAGCACCCUGGAGUCCCAGAAACUCAGGACUAUGUCAGAGUCCACUCAUACCAGUCCAAGAUGGUCAUUCGCCCUCACAAGUCCUUUGAUGAGAAUGGCUUUACCUACCUUCUGACCUACAGCGACGACCCUCAGACCGCCUUUCCCCGCUACUGUGUGAGCUGGAUGGUGUCCAGUGGUAUGCCUGACUUUCUGGAGAAACUGCAUACUGCAGCCCUGAAGGCUAAGAACCUGGAGGUAGGGAUCUAUGAUUAUGCCAGCGCCGUGAAGUCCAACGACACCAAGCACCAGCCCAGCCAGGACCGGCUUGGGGACAACACGCACCCUGGGCAGAUCUACGCCUAAGGGACUUUUUAACAUUUUUUUUAGCAGGGUUGGGGAGAGUAACCUGCAUCUGCUCGCAUACAACAACCUUCAAAACACAGGCUUUUGGACACAAGGGGUGAUGGGAUAUCAAAUGAAGCUGGAAUAUACAUACAUUGAAGAUAUGCCGUACUUGUGCUAUACUGUUGCUAUUUGAGUGGUUAUAAUGGUCAUAGCCAUAUUGAUAACAUAAUUGUCAUGAGAAGCUUAAACAGUACCAACAAGAGCCUUUGAACCCUUUGGAGGAAAGACUUCUCUUUUUCUGCCAGGAGAAUUGCCAUUGGAGCUUUCUGCCUUGAAACAAUAGCGCUAGAAAGCCAACAUCCUGAGGGGAGAGGUGUCCAUCAUGCCUCCUUUUGUUAACUAGCUGCUACACCAACUAGGGAGACUGCACCAAAAAUAUUACCCCUAUAGAGAUGUUGCCAAAGCAUUGUUUCUCACUCCAUCCACCAUGUCUACUAGUUUCUUCCAGCCACCUUGUUUGUGUUCCUUAUUUGGUCAUAUCCGCACUGAAAUAGCUCGCUGUGGAGGCUUAGCUACAUGCAUGCAUAGUUUGUUUAUACAACCGAGAAAGGAGAACAUCUAUAAAUAAAAACACUGAUACCAGGAACUCAAGGAACAUGCUUUUUAGCUGAAUUCCCUGGCACAUUGACUUCCACAGAUGAGUGGAUUUAAGGGAUCUGGUAUCUUUUUCACAUUAUGGGAUUAGUAAUGUUUUUGUCUGCAGAACUGAGGUUUCUCACUUCUUUGUCUGUCACACCUUGUCUGUGUUUUAAACUGCCAGGUCACCUCUAACAGCCUUCUGAAGAUUACCAGUGUCUUCAUGUCCAAGGUGUCUUAUGGCAACUGCAAAAUCCUCUAUGGGGCAAAUGCUCUUUCUGGUUUUUGUUUUACAAACAUUGCAGUUCCCCUCCACUCGUCCAUGUUUUAUGCCCUGAUCCAAAAAUUCUAUAAAAAAUAAGCAUGUGUUCCUGUGCCACCUAACUAUCUGCUUUCCAAUGGAAUGGAUAUUUACAUUAUCCAGAGUGACUUACAGGAACAAUGAGGGUUAAAUGACUUGCUCAAGGUCACAUGGACAUAUGUUUUUCACCUAGUCUGCCCUGGGAUUUGAACCAGCUACGUUUUGGUUACUGGUCCUACACUCUUAGCUGCUAGGCUACCUGCUGCCCCCAUGACUGUGACUGAAUAACUGUACUUUGUCCUGAGUACAAAGUUCAAAGUAAUGGAACAGGCAUUAUUAAGACAGACUGCUUGAUAGUUUGCACGACGGAGGAAGAUGUUUGUGUUUGCUCAGCUGUUACUGUACCUUCACAGUGAAAGUGGCCUUACUAAUAGUAGUGCAACACUUUUUCUAUUACUGAUCAGCUUUGGAAGGCACGUGUUUAGUAACAUCAUGUGCCCUUUGCAUCCUUGUGUGUGUGUAUAUGUUUUUUUCCCCGGUCUGAUAUAUUACCUAGUUCCUUCUGGUGGACCAAGGGGCAUGAAUGUGUGCUCUGUGGGAUAGAUUAACACAACAUGUGACUUUUCUAUUUACAGCCUGACAAUCUGGUACAAUUUUAAUUAACACCUGUUUCUGUGUGAUAUUUUUCUUUCUGUGUUGUUGAUAUUGGUUAAAACAGGGGGGGGUUUCAGUGAAAGUUUCAUGAAUUUAUGGUUCCAGUAUACAGUACAUGCGUGACUAUAGUACAUGCGUGACUGCAGUUCCAUGAAACAGAUUGUUGGUAGUUCACCAUUACUCAGUUAGAAAUGUAAAAGUGCAUUAAAAACAGUGGUGGAUAAAUGACCAAAUUGUCAUACUUGAGUAAAAAUACCUUAAUAGAAAAUGACUCGUGAAAGUCACCCAGUAAAAUACUAUUUGAGUAAAAGUAUUUGGUUUUUAAAUAUAUAUCAGUAUCAAAAGUAAAUGUAAUUUCUUAAAUAUACUUAAAUAUCAAAAGUUAAAGAAUUAAUCAUUUCAAAUUCAAUAUAUUAAGCAAACCAGGCGACACCAUUUCUUGUUUUAAUUUACGGAUAGCCAGGGGAACACUCCAACACUGACAUUGUUUACAAAAUAAGCAUGUGUUUAGUGAGUCCGCCAGAUCAGAAGAAGUAGGAUGACCUCUUGAUAAGUGCUUGAAUUGGACCAUUGUCCUGUUCUGCUAAGCAUUCCAAAUGUAACGAGAUCUUUUGGGUGUCAGGGAAAAUAUAUGGGGUAAAAAGUACAAUAUGUUCUUUUAAGAAUGUAGUGAAGUAAAAGUUGGAAAAUAUAAAUAGUAAAGUACAGACCCCAAAGAACUACUACAGUACUUUAAAGUAUUUUUACUUAAGUACUUUACACCACUGAUUAAAAGUUGCUAUUGAACUAUGGUAAGGGUAAUUUUGUUUAAUUCCUUGGAUCCCACAAUGGCUGGAAGUCUAUGGGUAUCUACUAACAUGCCAACAGAUACCCAUAGACUUCCAGUCAUUGUGCUGAUGCUAGUUAGCGUUAGCAUUUGCUAGCAAACUAACUUCCUUCAUACUGGACACAUAAAUUAAAAUGGUAUCCACAAGUUCAUCUGGCUCUGGGGAAGUAGAUAAAAUGGCCCAAAAUCCCGAACCAUCCCUUUAAAGUAACUUACUCUCAUGAAGUCUGAAGAUCGUUUGCCUACUCUUACCUUUGUGAUAAACACACUUGUUUUCUGUCUGGGGAAAAAACUGUUCAGUUAGCAGUAUAUAACUGUUUGAAAUGUUGUGAGAGGAAAUAGCCUCUAAUUGAGCUUUUUGUUUUGUGAUGGUCAGUUGUAGAGCUACUGUAUGCUGAGCAUAAGAAACUUUGUUUUCUAUAUUGAAAUACUACUGUAUGCAAUGUUUUGAGAAUGUCCACCUUGUGAUCGUAACACUUGUCUUUCUAGACAACUAUGUCACCUCGCGUAGGCCACAUUGGUGUGUUAUAUAAACCAAAUCUCUUUUUCAACAUGCAGUUGAACACCUUGUGUAUGAUUUCCAGAAGUUGAUUCCUUAGAAAUUGUGUAAAAGAAAUUGAGAAGAACAGGAAAAUAUAUGAAACCAGGAAAUAAGUUAGUUGCCAUGUUGAAAUGGAGCAACAAAUCAGAUUCAAUAAAUCCAUUUGAAGUAUAUUGUA